AUGAUGCCGUCUUUGGGGUUACCCAGCAUUCGUGAGGACAUGAGCAAUACAGCGGCGGAGCUCCAGCAAAGCACCGACCGUUUUCUCAGUGACGCGUCCCCGGCGGAGGAAUCGCGGCAGAUCGCGCUGCAGUCCGAGCCGGUGGUGCUGCGCUUGCACCACAUCGGCAAGAGCUACCCGAUUGCCGACUCUGAUGAGCGAGUUGUGGCGCUUAAGGACAUUACCCUGGAUGAUGCAGACAAUUCCACCGCGGAAGCAGCGGCACAGAAAGCCUCCAGUGUGGGGCCCCUGCAGCGCGGCAAUCUGCCCCUGCCGUUCGCACCGGUGCGACGCGGCGAGUUUAUCAUGAUCCGUGGCCCUAGCGGUGGUGGCAAGACAACGCUAUUAAACAUCAUUGGCACCAUCGAUUCCUGCACCGAGGGCACGAUCGAGCUAAACGGACGCAUCAUCAGCAAGGACACUAAGGAACAUGUACUGGCAGACAUCCGCCUCAAGUCCCUCGGCUUCGUAUUCCAGACGUUUAACUUGAUCGCAACAAUGACAGCCGCGGAGAACGUGGAGCUGCCCAUGACGCUGCUGGGGAAUAUGUCGCCGAAGAACAUGCGGCUGCGGUCUCGCCAACUGCUCACGCUAGUCGGACUGCGCAACCGCAUCAACCACCUCCCCUCCGAGCUCAGUGGUGGCGAGCAGCAGCGCGUGACAAUUGCGCGGAGUUUGGCGAACAACCCGUCGCUCCUCCUCCUCGACGAGCCAACCGGCGACCUGGACACGACUAACACAAUCGAGGUGAUGGACCUCCUUAUGCGCAUUAACCGCCGUACGAAGACGACGUGCAUCAUGGUCACACACAAUCCUGACAUCGAGUGCUAUGCCGACCGCAUCCUCUACGUGAGCGAUGGCCGUUUUGUCAAGGAGGUUUUCAACACCUUGCCCACGUGCCUCAACCUGGAGGCUUACACCAAGUACCUGGCCGCCAAGGAGAAGAUGAUCACUGGCCUCAACGAGAGUGGGAUCGAGGGCGACAGCGACCCAGAUACCGUAAUGGCGGCGAUAGCUCCCGCUAUCGCCGGCAAAAACGACAGGGAUUAUGAGAAUCUGAAAACAGACUCCAGCAGGGCGACGGCGAAGACUCUCAGCGAGAUGCAGUUAGCGCACUUCUCUGUGAGGCCUGCCAUGUCACUCUCGGGAACCGCGCGCCAUCCCGGCUCUCCGGUCGCCGCCAUGUCGCCAACCAUCAACAGCGCCGCUGUGCCCUCUGUGGCCACCUCUUUGCAGCUGCAUCGGGAGGAGAGAGAAGCCCACAACGAGCUGUAG